ACUGCUUGUAACCAGUUCAAGUAUAUUCAAGAGGUAUACACCAUGGCGAACGCUAGUAAAGCUACGCAGAAUGCGGGGAAAGUUGAAGCGGCCGACGGUGGCAGCGACUCAGAACCCGACAUGCCAUCGCAUAGCAGUAGUAGUGCGUCGCACACCGGUGCAAGGAAGCGCAAGGAUCCCCCCAGUACUGCAGGCAACACACACAGUAGCAGUAGUAAGAAGCAAGCCAUGGAAGGUGGGGCGAAGGGGAAAGGCAAAGAGAAGGCUUAUGUGCAGCCCAUUGAAGACCUGCCGGAGGGCACAGAGGUGAUGGAUUUCAACUUCGAGGUUAACUCAAUUAAGGAACAGGAUUUCCACGGUAUCAAGAAUCUGCUGAAACAGCUGUUUUGGAGGGAUAUGAAUGUUCACCUCUCCGAGCUGGCCGAUAUAAUUGUAUCCCAAUGGGAGGAUGUAGGCAGCACAAUUACAAUUGCAGACUCUGAGGGGGUUUAUGGUAUCAUCUCAGUCAUCAAUAUCCAUCUGCACAGCGAGAAAGCGAGUAUCCAGGAACUCAAGAAGUACAUGCUGAAGAAGUGUCCGGAUGAUACCCAAAGAAAGAAGAUGCAAGCCCUUUUCACCGAUACCAGCCAAGGUCUAGGUCUAAUUGUUCACGAGAGAUUUAUCAACAUACCCGCUCAGCUGGCCAGUCCGAUGUACACGGCUUUGUUUGAUGAGGUCGACUCGGCGGCACAUGAUGGCGAGCCGUUUAAGUUCGAUAAUUAUCUUUUCAUGGCAAAAACUCAACGCCAAUCCGCUGAAGAGGAUGGAAACGGCAAUAAGAUUGCACAACCGAAGGGCAAGAAGCGAGCCAAAUGGGAGUACAUAAAUGUAGAAGAUGUGCUCUUCGAGAAGGAAGCUGGCCUCAGUUACAGGUAUGGUAUAGAACACUCGGAGGACGAUAAACGUAAACCUAUACUCGGCGAGGGAUAUGUGGAUAUGGGUCGUCAUGUGAUGGUGUUAUCCGCAGCCAAAGUGGCGUUAGUGAUGGAAAGAAUGCCCAUCGAGUUCCCGGGCCCAUGGGUGCGAGCGAGUGAUUGGCAGUGGUAAGUGUGGAUUUAGUGCAGAGCCCCAGGAAUUCAAAAGUAGUAGGUGGAAGAGUUAUUGCAAAAUUUGUACUAUUCACCAGAUAUUAAGGGUGGCAUAUACAUCAAUUAACCAGGCGGUGACACAAAAGUACCAUCCCACUGGAUGGUCGGGAUAUUGAUCUGAACAGAGCAGGAAUCAUACUACCCAGAUAGCCGGGGGGUGAGGGGCAGGGAUUACUUGGUCGCGUUUCUCUGGAAAGAAUAUGUGCAUGCAUACACCCCGAUGUAGGCGUACGGCGCGGUUGAUUAUCAUCGGUAUCAGAUGCCUGCAAGAGGAUGCGUGUCAAAUGGAUUUAUUUUACGGUGUCAAAUGACGUAUUUCGUAUACCGAGCUAGCGAGUGGGUGAUGGCUUUGGAAUCAGAUGCGUGUAAGAGGAUGCGAUGGAGCUACAUCUGCGCAAAGUAAUUUCAGAUUGCGGCGAUUGAUGUGAGCAUCCAGCGGAUUGGAGAGCGUGAAUGUGUGUAGAUAUGUACGACUUACGAGCUACAGUUUCAAGGAGUACGACUGCUAUGAACAUAGGUGCAGCAAUUUCCAAGAACAAUGAUGGUAUGUCAGAAGCAUCUGAGCCCGACUCAGAUUGUCCGACAUAUCUGAGGGCAGUGGUACACAUAUGACAUGGCUGCGCGGCUGACUUCGCUAUUUUCUGCUAGGAAGCGUUGCGACACAUGCUAUUCAUAACAGUGGGAUUGAUCCUUAUCCGUGUAUCAGUUCACAGUACCUACAACUAUACGUUAUACUACAUUUGACUCCAUAAGUGGGAUCCAUACCGUAGAGUCGUCUACACUGGUACACUGCUCCGACCUCUGGUUCCUCUUCCUGGUAUAACAGUCCGUACCUCGGGUAUGAACAGGCUACUACACAUUUUUCUGCACUUUGAUACAUAUUACAUCGAUAAUGAUCAGAGACGCUAUUUUGAGCACAUACGAGUGUUGUUUGAAUGCAAGCUCUUGUUGGCGAUGGUGGCCGACCUCACCGUUCAAUGUAGAGAAGUAUAAAUGUAAUUUAUUGACCCUGUUUUACAUCGGAUUUCUACUAGGAAGAGCAUGU